AUUCAAGAAGAAGAACUGUCACCGAGGAGAGUCGAGUCGGUGUCGUGUCGUUCUCGUCCGUUUUUCUUUCGUUUUACAGGUGAAGUAAGAAGAAUAAGUUAUCAUGUAAACAGGAACAACUCCAAGCAAACCACUGAAGCACACUACAUACUAUUGGGAAAAAAAUGAUGUCUGUUAAAGAGGAGAGUGAAGACUUCAGUUAUCCAGAGCCAUGGAUAAUGACAUAUGAAGAUACCGAGGAACAAAGAGAUUUGAUGGAGGUAAAAGAGGAGAGUCAAGAACUGAAGGACUUUGAGGAGAUACAUCAGUGUGGUAUAUCUGAUAACCUCAGAACUGUACAAAAAUCCAGUUGCUCUCAGACUGAAAAUGAUUUCUCACAGAAAAGAACUCAAACAACAAAAGACCAAAAUUAUUUUGCCUUCUCUGAGUGCGGAAAGAGUUUCACACAAAAACAAAACCUUAACACUCACUUAAAACUUCACUCAGGAGAGAAGCUUGUCACCUGCCACCAAUGUGGAAAGAGUUUCACAAAGAAACAAUACCUUAGGUGUCACAUGAGAAUUCACACUGGAGAGAAGUCUUUCAUCUGCCAACAGUGUGGAAAGAGUUUCACACUGAAAGGAGGUCUUGAGAAGCACCUGAUAAUUCACACUGGAGAGAAGCCUUUCACAUGCCCUCAAUGUGGAAAGAGUUUCACACAAAAAGGAAGCCUUAAUAGGCACCUGAGUCUUCACUCUGGACAGAAGCCUUUCACAUGCCAUCAGUGUGGCAAGAGAUUCACACAAGAAGUAAACCUUAAAAGUCACAUGAGGAUUCAUACUGGAGACAGGCCUUUCACAUGUCUUCAGUGUGGAAAGAGUUUCAUCCAAGCAAGCCAUCUCACAACUCAUCUGCGGUUUCACUCUGGAUUAAGACCAUUUAACUGUGAUCAGUGUGGCAAAACAUUUGUAUUGGCAUCAUAUCUAAAAGCACACCUUACAACUCAUGCAAAUGAGAAGACAUACGUGUGUUCUUUGUGUGGAAAGAGUUUCAUUAGUCAAGGAAACCUGAAAACCCAUGAGAGCGUGCAUACUGGAGAGAAGCCACACCACUGCAUAUCAUGUGGAAAGAGUUUCACCCGGUCAGUUGGUUUACAGAUGCAUUUAGAAAAGCAUUGUCCAAUGCUGUCAAAGUGAGCAAAGUGCUGUCACAGUUUAUCUUUAAGGUCAUCACUUAUUAAAUGCAGCACAACACUGUUUUAAUGUAACAUCUUGACAGCCUGAUAACGGUCAUAGUUAUAAAAUCAUAAAAUCUAAAAAAUAUAAAUAAAGUAUAAUAAAUGACCUGUAUAACAAUUGCCUACUAGACUUGAUUGAAUUGAACUUUAGCACUGGAGCAGAUUCAGCUCACUGAACAAGUGGGAGGACAGAAGUGUGAAAGUGUAGGUGCAUAGAUUUUACUGAUCGGUUAGCUAUCCGAUCAUGAAAAGACCAAGUAAAGAUUAAUUUGAGACCGAUAUGAAUCCAAUCCUAGCUGUAGAGGUAGUUUGAGAUGUAUUACAGGCAAACUUUACAGUGCAAAAUGCUGCAGCUAGACUUUUUACAUGAACAAGGUCAUAAAGUCAUAUUACUCCAGGUUUAGCCUCUUUGCAUUGGUUACCUGUCCUCUUUAGGGAUUUGUUUUUUUAAAGAUUUUAUUAAUUACAUACUGUAUAAAGCAUUACAUAACUUGGCACCUGAAUAUUUAGCAGAACUAUUAAAACCUUACAAAAGAGUUAGACCUCUUAGAUCUUGUCAUGAACUGUUGGCUGUUCCAAGAUCCAGAUGUAAAACUAAAGGUGAUAGAGCUUUUGUAGUGAAGGCCCUACGAUUAUGGGACAGACUGCCCUGGGAUAUUAGAUCUGCUGAAUCUGUGUCUGUUUUUACUGUAAGUUUUGUUUAAAAACUUAUUUGUACAGACUUGCUAUUACUAUGUAUGUGAAUGCAUACUAUUCUACUACACUACUAUGUAAAUGUGUUAUGUUUAUGUUUUAUUAUGUGUUUUUGAUUUGAUUUUAUAUUGUGAAGCAGUUUGUGCUAAGUUGCUAAAAGGUGUAAUAUAAAUAAAGUUAUUAUUAUUAUAAGUGUAAAUGCAUCUGGCUGUUCAAGUCACAAAUCUAAACUUUACUCCUCCCAAACAUCGUUACGUCAACAUAUGGAAAAUGUGGCAUGUAACAGCUACAAAGCUACAGUCUAAAGAGGGGACUGUAACACCCUUUCCCCCAAAAAGAUCUACAAGAGGACUUAUUGAGUGAUCCAUAAGGGAGACAUCCAAAAUGUGUAGUGUUAGGGUGCUUUCACACUUGGUUAAAUUGCUUGGACCGACCCCCAGUUCGUUUCCUGCUGUCUUUGUUGGUCUCUGUUCGCAUCAUAUUUUUUGGAUCUGAACCACGGUCCGAUUGCGUCGUCAACGUGAGCCAGCUGUUUACCACUGUAACUAGGUAACAAGUGAAGAAGACAUCAGCUUUGCUGUAUUCUAAAAGUAUUCAUCUCUUUGGAUUUACCACCAAAACUUUACAUGGACAAAAUUACAAUUGUUUUUAUGCCACGGAUGCACUAAAUGUGUAAUGAUGUGAUGAAUGUUAGUGUUUGUUUGCCGCGAGCCCGUGGAUGCCUUGCAAGAAGGGAUGUCCGGACUCUUGAUUCAUUUUUUUAUUAGAAUGUGUACCGAUAUGUCA